UCCCACCAUGGAUUGCCAAGAAAAUGAGUACUGGGACCAAUGGGGACAGUGUGUCACCUGCCAACGGUGUGGUCCUGGACAGGAGCUAUCCAAGGAUUGUGGUUAUGGAGAGGGUGGAGAUGCCUACUGCACAGCCUGCCCUCCUCGCAGGUACAAAAGCAGUUGGGGCCACCACAGAUGUCAGAGUUGCAUCACCUGUGCUGUCAUCAAUCGUGUUCAGAAGGUCAACUGCACAGCUACCUCUAAUGCUGUCUGCGGGGACUGUCUGCCCAGGUUCUACCGAAAGACACGCAUUGGAGGCCUGCAGGAACAAGAGUGCAUCCCAUGCACGAAGCAGACUCCCACCUCUGAAGUUCAAUGUGCCUUCCAGUUGAGCUUAGUGAAGGCAGAUACACCCACAGUGCCCCCUCAGGAGGCCGCACUUGUUGCACUGGUGAGCAGCCUGCUAGUGGUGUUUACCCUGGCCUUCCUGGGGCUCUUCUUCCUCUACUGCAAGCAGUUCUUCAACAGACAUUGCCAGCGUGGAGGUUCGCUGAAGUUUGAGGCUGAUAAAACAGCAGAGGAGGAAUCUCUCUUCCCCAUGCCACCCAGCAAGGAGACCAGUCCUGAGUCCCAAAUGAGUGAGAGCAUCUUUCAGACCCAGCCACUUAACCCUAUCCUCGAGGAUGACUGCAGCUCGACUAGUGGCUUCCCCACACAGGAGUCCUUUACCACGGCCUCCUGCGCCUCAGAGAGCCACUUCCACUGGGUCCACAACCCCAUCGAAUGCACAGAGCUGGACCUGCAAAAGUUUUCCAGCUCUGCCUCCUAUACCGGAGUUGAGACCUUGAGGGGAAACACAACCGAAAGCACUGGAGACGGACUGGAGCUCAAUGUGCCCUUUGAAAUUCCCAGCCCUUAACUCUAAUGAGGUGAGCUGGAAAGGUGGAUCAGAAAAAAAACAAAAACAACAGAAAAUAAAACAGAAAUUAAGGACUACCCUCAAGGAAUUCCCCUCUGGAAUAUUAUUAUUCACUGGGAGUGGAGGAACAACAGCAAGAUAGGAACACUUGUGGGUGGAGGGGCAACAGUGGUGUUGCUAUACUUUUAAGCCAGAUAGAUAUCACACUUCUGGGUCUGCAAUUGUCAGGGAACUGGCAAGGUUGUCAUGACACCAGUCUCUCCAUUCUGUCCUUUUUCAAGCUGUCUCAGGGCGCCACUAUCUAAUGGUCAUAUUCAGGUAUCUCCCUUUGUGUGUACAAGCAGCAUAGCACAGUAGAAAAAAAAUAUACAAGCCUUGUCAUCUGGAAACCCUACAUUUGAAAUCAACCUCCAUUCCCUAAUAACUAUACAAACUUUGUGCAUAUAUCCCUUCAUUUUACGUUUUACAGAGGCAGGAACUGAGACACAGAGAGGGAAAGUUAGUUUCUCAAAGUCACAGAGCAAAUUAGUGGGCUAGAACUGGGCAAGAACUACAUUUUAGAGUUGAUCCAACUCCACCAUUGCAACCAUUUGAUAGCCAAUGUUGGUUUCUCAAAGGCUUACGUAGCAUGAGGUAGAAGAGUAGGUAGAUUCCCAGUUUUCAACUAACCAAAUAUCUUGCACUGUCCAAUUCUGUAUUUCUUCAGUUAAUACAUUU